CCCCUACUGGGCCACCACAUUAUUGUUAUUCUUCAAAAAUGUAUAAAAAUUAUUUGAAACAAAAUAUUAUAAAUCUCCAUACCUGCAUGAACAAGCAAUAAAUAACAACACAUUGAUUACAUGAUCUUACAGCUAGAAGCCCCAAUGAUCUGACUGGAGGCAACUAUUCAUUUUCCCAAUAGCGUCACCACAGGGGAAAUGAAGCAUUACACAGUCAAUAUCAAUAAACUGCAUCAACAUUCUAGGUCCUGCAGGACAAGACGUACACAGACGAUAUGUGAUUUCUAACAAAGUAUUUUUGGUCCUGGCAAUAUUACAGGUAACAUUUACAUCUGAAAUGUAACUAACUUAGUCCAAUUAACUCUUUUUUCUGGUUGGAGUUAAUUUGGUUUCCUGUUUAAGUUGACUAUGUGUAUUUGACUUACACCCAGGGACACAUCCCCAGUAUAUUAGCUGGACUCCAGCUGAGACCAAUGUUAAUGGCAACUUCAUUUGUCUGGACUCAAUGACCAUUUGUCCUGGAUACACAAAGUUUGGUGAAGGAGGACUGAGGCGUGAGGUGGAUUUGCAUAGUCAUGAGCUUGUAACCAAAGUGGUGGGAGGGUCAGACAUUACAUUCACUCCUCCUUAGAAGUCUUCUUCUGGACCUUCUUACGAUUGACUCAGCUUCUUGGAUGUUGCAUUUUCUCCUCUGCUAGACGGAAGAUCAAGGUUGAUAACUUUGCUGCAUCAGCAGCUUUGACUCCAAAGACUGAACAUGCUGGGGGUUUCAGCAGUUACCCCAGUAUUACUACUGGGCCUCUACUCAACAUUAUGCCAUGGGGAGACCCUCCAUUUCUACACCAAUGAAGAAGAAGCUCCAGGAACUGUUAUUGCUGUUUUAUCACAUCAUCCACUGUUCAACUCCACCGAAGGUCCUGCUACUAAUUUCCGUCUCAUGAAGCAGUUCAACAGUACCAGUAUCCAUGUCCAAGAGAGUGAUGGGCAGCUGAGCAUCAAAGAAAGGAUAGACCGAGAACAAAUCUGCAGGAGGUCCCCAAAUUGUGUUCUUGCUCUGGACCUCUUCAGUUAUUCCAAAGACGCAUUCAAACUUAUUACUGUAAAGGUGGAGGUGAGCGAUAUCAAUGACAAUAUCCCCCAUUUCCCCCAUCCUGAAAUGCAUGUGGAUGUUUCUGAAGCAGCUGUAGUGGGUACCCGAAUCCCAUUACAAAUGGCAGUGGAUGAGGACAUAGGUCUAAAUUCUAUCCAGGACUAUCUCAUCUCAGGUAACAGUCACUUUGGCCUUGAUGUCCAGACCAGGGCGGAUGGACUUAAAUAUGCAGACUUAAUUUUAAUGAAGGAACUUGAUAGAGAAAGUCAAUCUUUAUACAGACUGGAACUGGUGGCUAGUGACGGAGGUAGCCCUCCACUUUCCGGCAGUACAACCAUGAUUGUUCGUGUUCUGGACUUCAAUGACAAUACCCCAACCUUCCAGGAGAGCUCGGUCACUGUGGACUUGAUGGAGAAUGCCCCUACGGGACACCUCAUAGUUGAUUUAAGUGCGACUGACCCAGAUGAAGGAUCGAAUGGAGAAAUUGUGUAUGGUUUUACUGCUCAGGUGUCUCAAGAGGUACGUGAACUUUUAAAAAUUGAUCCAAAAUCAGGCGGUGUCAUUUUGGAGGGAGAAGUUGACUUUGAAACCAAGCAUUCCUAUGAAUUUGAUGUCCAAGCUCAGGACCUUGGACCUAAUCCAUUAACAGCAACUUGUAAAGUCAUCGUGAACAUUGUAGAUGUCAAUGAUAAUGCUCCAGCUAUUACUAUUACUCCUUUGACUUCUUACAACCAUGGAGUCGCUUAUAUCACAGAAGCGGCUACUAAAGACAGUUUGAUCGCAUUGAUCAGCACCUCAGACAGAGACUCAGGUCUAAAUGGCAAAGUCCACCUAAAUCUUUUUGGACAAGAUCACUUUAAGCUGCAGCAAGCCAAUGAGGGCAGCUUCAUGAUAGUCACCACCUCACUUCUAGACCGGGAAACCAUAGCUGAAUACAACCUCACACUGGUGGCUGAAGAUCUGGGCUUCCCUUCACUGAAGACUAUAAAAAAGUAUACAAUCAGGUUGACUGAUGAAAAUGACAAUGCUCCUUCCUUUAGUAAACCAAUGUAUGAAGUGUCUGUUCCAGAAAAUAAUGUCCCUGGAGCUUAUAUUACCACCAUAUCUGCUAGAGACCCUGAUGCUGGCCACAAUGGCAAAGUAUCUUAUAGACUGUUGGAUGCGAAAAUAAUGGGGCAAUCCUUGUCUACUUUUGUGGUCAUUGAUGUUGACUCAGGGGUUCUACGUGCUGUACGGUCUUUGGACUAUGAGAAGAUAAGGGAUUUCACCCUUGAGAUUGAGGCCUAUGACCAUGGAGUUCCCAGGCAUUCAACCCGCAGUCAAUUGAAGAUUAAGAUCACUGACCAAAAUGACAACCAUCCAAUGAUAACCUAUCCUCUGCUGGACCAUGGAGCUGUCGAUAUCCUGCUGCCAGUCAAAGCUCCACAAAAUUAUUUAGUAUUUCAGAUGAAAGCCACAGACGCAGAUGAUGGAGUGAACGCUCAAUUGUCCUACACUAUACAGCAAGAUACACAUAAGCUAUUUACCAUGAAUAGAGGCACUGGGGAGGUCUACCUACACAGAAGACUGAACCCACCACCAGAAAAGGACCUCGGUAUAGUAGUGGCUGUAUAUGACCAAGGUAGACCCUCCUUGUCCUGCACCGCAACCAUAAGAUUCACUCUCACCGAUGCAACAACAUCAAACAUAGAGACAGUCAUCAUGCCGCCAUCUGAGGAGGAACAGCGGCAACUAGACCUAUCCAUAAUCUUCAUUGCAGUGUUGUCAGGAGGCUGUAGUUUACUCCUGGUAGCCAUUUUGGUUGUUGCCUGUUCCUGCAAACGAAGAGCUGAUCGGUCUAAGCAACAGCCUACAGGGAGCGCGGUAGAGAGCAGAGAACGGCUGCACAACCCCACUACCAAGUCUACAGAGUGUGCGUCAUCUUCUCCCGACUCCUGUCACCUGUCCCUCAAUACAGAGACUGAGAACCUCAGCGUCUCCUCCACUAGAGAACAGGGUGGAGAACUCCACUCAGCUUCAUCGAGUUCAGUUUCUGCCCCUCUGUGUACACCUGACUGGCAGCAGGACAGACUGUCAGACGGUUUAAGCAGUUCACUGCCAGAGACCGCAAAGAAAGGUGACAGUGACUUCAAUGACAGUGCCUCUGACACCAGCGGGGAAGGUGUGAGGAAGGGAAGUGAAGUGCCCACCCAGGAACAAACUGAAUCUCUAUGCCCUGAGAAGUCAAUGGCGUACCACAGCACAGAAAACCAAAUUAUUCACCAAAGCAACAGGUCUCUGUAUAACGGGCACUAUACCAUCCAAUAUCAAAAGGAAUACGCCAUGUCGUACACCGCGGCUGCCCCCUACUAUAGUACCUAUAACCCUCGGGCCUACAAUGCUCAGCCCAUUCCUUACAAUACCAAGGACUCUUAUUACCAUGUCCACCACCAACCAACGCUGAGAGAGUACGAGCGGGACCUGAUCUACCGAAGCGCAACUUUAUCGCCAACCAGGGGGCACCGAGAUCUACGUUACAAUCCUGAAAUGUCAGCACAGACUUAUUCUAGUAAAGUAGCCACGGCCUUCUGACCUUAUGUGACAUUUAGGGGUUAAGAACGUGUGACAAGAAGUCGCAGCCGGCUUCUGCCCAUGGAAGUCAAUAGGGCAGCAAUACACUGAACACAUCUCGCUCUAUGAGGGAAA